AUGGGCGACUGCCAGAAGAGCCUGGUGCUCAGGGAGAUGCUGCUGGUGCUGCAGACUCGGCGUGUCUGGGCGAAAUACAUCUCCCAGUGCAUCGAUGAGAUCAAGCAGGAGCUAAAGCAAGAUAACAUUGCAGUGAAAGCAAAUGCAGUCUGCAAACUUACAUAUUUACAGAUGCUGGGCUAUGACAUCAGUUGGGCCGCUUUCAAUAUUAUUGAAGUCAUGAGUGCAUCGAAGUUUACAUUCAAAAGAAUAGGUUACCUAGCUGCCUCUCAGUGCUUUCAUGAAGGGACUGAUGUAAUUAUGUUGACUACUAAUCAGAUCCGAAAGGAUCUGAGUAGCCCUAACCAAUAUGAUACUGGAGUUGCACUGACUGGCUUGUCCUGUUUUGUUACUCCAGAUCUUGCCAGGGACUUGGCAAAUGACAUCAUGACACUGAUGUCUCAUACAAAGCCUUAUAUCAGGAAGAAGGCAGUGUUAAUCAUGUACAAAGUGUUUUUGAAAUACCCAGAGUCCCUCCGUCCCGCAUUUCCUCGCCUUAAAGAGAAACUUGAAGAUCCAGAUCCUGGUGUGCAGUCUGCUGCAGUAAAUGUUAUUUGUGAGCUGGCCCGACGCAAUCCCAAAAACUACCUUUCCCUUGCUCCACUCUUUUUCAAGUUGAUGACAUCGUCAACCAACAAUUGGGUUCUCAUUAAAAUUAUAAAACUGUUUGGUGCUCUUACUCCAUUAGAACCUAGGCUGGGCAAGAAGUUGAUUGAGCCUCUGACCAACCUCAUCCAUAGCACCUCAGCCAUGUCUCUCUUAUAUGAAUGUGUGAACACAGUAAUAGCAGUUUUGAUCUCUCUGUCCUCUGGGAUGCCCAAUCACAGCGCUAGCAUCCAGCUCUGUGUUCAGAAGUUAAGGAUAUUGAUAGAAGAUUCUGACCAGAACUUGAAAUACCUGGGACUGUUAGCUAUGUCCAAAAUCCUGAAAACGCAUCCUAAAUCCGUUCAAUCUCACAAGGAUCUCAUUCUCCAAUGUUUGGAUGACAAAGAUGAGUCCAUCCGACUCAGAGCUUUAGAUCUCCUGUACGGCAUGGUAUCAAAGAAGAACUUGAUGGAGAUAGUGAAGAAACUGAUGAUUCACGUGGAUAAAGCAGAAGGGACGACGUACCGGGAUGAGCUGCUGACCAAAAUCAUAGAUAUUUGUAGUCAGUCCAAUUAUCAAUAUAUCACAAACUUUGAAUGGUACAUAAGCAUCUUGGUGGAGCUGACCCGAUUGGAAGGCACGCGGCACGGGCAUCUUAUAGCAGCUCAGAUGUUAGAUGUAGCUAUCAGAGUUAAAGCUAUUCGUAAAUUUGCAGUUUCUCAAAUGGCCAUGCUUCUGGACAAUGCUCAUCUCAUAGCCAGCAACACCCAGAGAAAUGGGAUCUGUGAGGUGCUUUAUGCUGCUGCUUGGAUAUGUGGGGAGUUCUCUGAACACCUCGAGGAAGCAAACCAAACUUUAGAAGCAAUGUUGAGGCCUAAAGUUACAACUCUACCAGGCCACAUCCAGGCGGUUUACGUCCAGAAUAUGGUCAAGCUCUAUGCAUCCAUCCUGCAGCAGAAAGAACAAUCUGGGGAAAAGGAAGCAGCUCAGGAAAUUACACAGCUGAUGAUUGAGCGUUUGCCUCAGUUUGUACAGAGUGCAGAUCUAGAAGUUCAGGAGAGGGCUUCUUGCAUCUUGCAACUAAUAAAAUAUAUUCAGAAGCUACAAAUAAAAGAGGUACCUGUAGCUGAGGAAGUAAUAGCCCUGUUUGCUGGUGAGCUGAACCCUGUGGCUCCUAAAGCACAGAAGAAAGUACCAGUUCCAGAAGGCUUGGACCUUGAUGCCUGGAUCAAUGAACCUCCAUCAGACAGUGAGUCUGAAGAUGAAAAGCCCAAAACAAUUUUUCAUGAUGAGGAACAAAGGCAUUCCCGACACAAGCAGCCAGAAAUAGAUGAAGAGGAACUGGCCAGACGUCGAGAAGCCCGGAAACAAGAACAGGCAAACAACCCAUUUUAUAUUAAAAGCUCUCCUUCCCCACAGAAGCGAUACCAAGACACUCCAGGUGUGGAACAUAUACCUGUGGUCCAGAUUGACCUUUCUGUCCCCUUAAAAGUUCCAGGUAAGUGAAAAAAUGACCAGUAUGUGAAACUGGAAGAAGAGCGAAGACAUAAACAGAAACUGGAGAAAGACAAGAAGAAGAAGAAACAGAAAAAGGAAAAGAGAGGUAAACAUCAUCGCCAUAACUCUCUGCACACGGAGAGUGAGGAGGAUAUUGCUCCAGCUCAUCAUGUCGAUAUCAUCACAGAAGAGAUGCCAGAGAAUGCUUUGCCCAGUGAUGAAGAUGACAAAGAUCCCAAUGAUCCAUAUAAGGCACUUGAUAUAGAUCUGGAUAA